AUGGCGUCAACGACAUAUGCGGCUACGAAAAGGACAUCGAAAAUCAAGCAAGCUUGUGACGCUUGCCAUCUACGAAAAGUGCGAUGCGAUGGUGACAAGCCUUGCGCGAACUGUCUCGGGACGGACCUGCAAUGUACCUAUCUAGCUGUACCGAAAAAGAAGGGGCCGAAAGGCAAGAGGACAGCUAAGAAUCCUGGACCGAAGCCAACGAAUUUACCUUACCUCUUGAACCAGAUCCCUCGCCCUGUGCCUCCACCACGUGAUCAGUCUUUUGGGGUGAAAGAGACUUUGGGAUUCAAUGCUGGAAGUUUACCACGCCAGCCAGAACCAGUGCCAGCCCAGACCAUACAUCUGCAACCGCCUGUACACCUGGGAGUGGUCGAAGAUGCGAGAGCGCAAGAGAAAUCCGCGUUCCGACCUUCUUCCAUAGUGACAAAAGACCUUCUCAAGACCUGCCUAGAUGCAUUCUUCACUCACAAAUAUCCGAUCAUGCCAAUCCUGGAUCAAGAAGCGGUAUACCUCACACUUUCUGUCAUUGGAGACAAUCCAGAGCAGUAUGCUUUGAUGACAGCUCUCUGCUCUGUAAUUGUCUUGCAACCAGAGAUUCUGAAAUCGGCAACCGGUGAAGGACAGCCAGAUCAAAUGAGAGCAAUAUCGUGGCCAUCAUCCGAGUUCUUGAUGAAAGAGACUUUACGAGCAAGGCAGUUCUGCGACCACUUUGAAACCCUCUUCUGUCUUGGCAAAGACAAUUCCGCUUGGUUCUACAUUAGAGAAUCUAUGACUAUGCUACAAAUUCUACGAUUACACGAGGAAAACGCCUAUUCGAAUUGCUCAGGUAUCCAGUAUGCUACAUACUGUCGGAGGACUUUCUGGCUUUUGUUCAUCACGGAGCGAGCAUAUGCCUUACAAAGACACCGACCUCUCACUCUGCAACGGACUAUCAACCUUCCGACCGUCGAUCCUGGGCCGGAAGCUACCAUACUAUCAGGGUUUCUUGACCUCGUCUCACUGUUCCAGAACUUUGACGACACCUUCCUGUCAUUGUGGAAUCUUUCGGAAACAGAUUCCCCGGCGCCCACACAAUCUCUUGUGCAACUUCAAGAUAUCUUGAAAUUUGCAAUCCCUAAUGUAUCAGAGAGGACAGAGAUACAGCAAGCAGAUCUUCUUGUCAGCAGACAAUGGUUGAAGACCAUGGUUUGGCAGCUCUGUGUGCGCAAAGGACUGCUAUCAAGUGCUUCAACAAACGAAAGCAUGUCAUUUCACUAUCCUGUGACGAUUGCACGCGACGUGGUUCUCGUGUCCAGGUUACUACCACCCAAGGCAUUUGAGGCGAAUGGAGUGGGGAUACUUGAGAAAGUGUUCGAUAUUGGAUGUAGCUUGGCUGAUGUCCUCUCCCUCCAUCCCAACUUUGCCAACAUUUCUGCCUUAGAAGUCGGACCUAGAGAUUAUUUGAUGGAGUUGGUGAGAAUACUUGGAACAGCUCCAGGAGGAAACAAGUAUCUGAGACUGCUUGCAUCUAAGGCUGAUGAGUGUCUCGGCGUUCGCAUCCGAGGCAGUCUUUCGGACAGUGAAGUGGGACUCUCAUCCUGGAAUUGA